AAUUUACUUAACUGGCCACACGUGUCGUUGGCUCGGAGUCUGUGCCGCCUCUCGUUUCUAAUUUUCAUUCCUUCACGUCACUCAUUUUAAGAACUUUGCGACUCGCUUCCAAAUAACAAAUACAUAAUAAUGCUGUCCCACCUCGUCUUGGCGCUCGGCCCUGUUAGUGCUCUUGCGGCAUCCGUAUAUGCCCCCGUGUCCAGCACAUGCCCAUCCGGAAGCCUCGUCAGGUCAGCCGAUGGCAUCUCGGAAUCGGAAGCAAACUGGGCAGUCGGACGUAAGGCCGUAGCCGACGCGGCCCUCAAGAGCUGGCUUGAGAAUGCCCUGCCUGGAGUGGAGACCUCCAACCUGCCGACACUGGCCCUCUCGAUAUCAGGUGGAGGUUUCAGGUCUCUUCUCACCGGCGCCGGUGUGGUUCAGGCCCUGGAUGGACGUGACAGCAAUUCAAGCACAACUGGUCUGUACCAAGCCAUGUCGUACCAUGCUGGCCUUUCAGGUGGUGCGUGGCUGCUGAGUGCCCUCUCUGCUGGCGACUGGCCCACAAUCUCGAGUCUCCGCGACAGCGUCUGGGCAACUCAGUUUGCGGGAGGCAUCCUGGAUGCAAAAGGUGCUACUACGGUGGGCGACUACCAACAGAUCGCUGCGGACAUCAUCGCAAAGGGCUCAGCUGGCUUCCCAGUAUCCCUGACAGACCCAUGGGGACGGAUGGUGUCUUACCAGAUCAUGUCUGGCAGCAAGGGUGCAGUUGACUUCAAAAUGUCAGACAUAAGCUCGUUGGACUCCUUCAAGUCGUUCGACGCACCUUUCCCAAUCGUGAUUGCGUCCAAGAUGACGCCCGACAGCGGAGCGUGCGAGCCGGCCGCGGAUGAAGCCCUCUAUGAGUUCAACCCGUUUGAGUUUGGUUCAUGGUCCGACGACAUUUCCGCAUUCGUCCAGUCUGAAUACCUCGGCAGCAACAUCACCUCCGGGGCCGCCUCUCAGUGUGUCACCGGGUUUGACAACAUCGACUGGGUCCUCGGGACGUCUUCUAUGCUCAUGAAUGAGUACGUCUGCAACGCGACUCUUGGCGUGGAUGUCACUACCCUUUUCCCCAGCAGCCUGGUCGAGGUGGUCAAGAAGUUCACUUCUUCCGACGAGUAUGGCUACUCAAUGGUGCCCAACCCUUUCAAGGGAUUCAACUCGACAACAGCCACCAAGCCAAGCACCAUCUCCAACUCCAACAACCUCCACAUCGUCGAUGGUGGUGAGGCCGAUCACAACAUCCCCCUACUGCCCCUGCUUGAGCCAACACGCAACGUGAGUGUCAUUAUCGUCAACGACAACUCCAAUGACGAGGGCGGCUUCCCCGACGGGACUCAGGUUGUUGCUGCAUAUGAUGCCACGCGCACUGGACGCUUGGCUGGCCGCUUCCCCACUGUUCCGGCCGCCGGAAAUUUCAGCACUUCCAAGGCACAGUUCUUCGGCUGCGACGAGCCUGAAGCGGUCACCGUCGUGUACUUGCCAAACUCGGAGUGGUCAUUCGCCUCCAACACCGCCACGCUGAAGUUGACGUACACAGCGGCCGAGACGAGCUCCAUGAUCUCAAAUGGAAACCAGGUCGCGACUCAGGGCGGCGAGGGUUCGUGGGGGGCCUGUCUUGCUUGCGGAGUCAUGCUCAAGGAGGUUGGGAGAUCGAACCUGCCCAGCGAGUGUGGGGCUUGUUUGGAAGAGUAUUGCUGGUCUGCAUAGACAGAUUCAUUUCAUAGCGACUUUUUGAAUGUUCAUACUUGUUAGACAUGGAGAGGCAUAUGAGCACAGUCAGGUUUCUGACUCGGA